AUGGAAGGUGGUCACAACAAGGGCACCAAGGCCUCGAGCAGCGAGGCCAGCUCCCCGGAGCCAACAACCGAUGAUGCUGGGACCAUGCGACCCUACUACGAGUGCAUGUUUUGCAAGAGGGGGUUCACCACUGCACAAGCCCUCGGCGGCCACAUGAACAUCCACCGCAAAGAUCGAGCUAGGAUGCAGCAUGGUCGGAUGGUGUCUUCAGUCUCUGGACAGGCUGAAGAGAACUCGGAAGGCUAUGGAUAUAAUAUCCCGUACUCGUACCACCACCAGGCCUAUUCUCAGGUCUCCGAGUCUUUGAAGAACUAUAGCUUGUGCUUCCCAGCAUCAUCUUCCGGUGGUAGGGAUUCAAGGGUGUCUAGGGAUGAUGAUAUGGGCUCGCGGAGGCAACGUGAGCUGAUCCGUUUUGGUCAGGGGUUGCAGCUGGGCUUGGGCAUGCAUUUCGGUGGCUCGAGUGCUGUGUAUGAGGAAGAGAAGGGGAAGGACGUUGAUGGUGAAGGGGAGCUGGAUUUAGAGCUUAGGUUGGGCCAUCAGCCCUAG